GGGCAGUGGCCGAAUGAAUGAUGAUCCUGGAGUAUGAGCCUGAAGCUUUCUGUCAUUUUCCGUCUUGUACGUUUCGGAUAUCUUUUGUUCUAUUAAAUCAGAGAAAUUCGCCAUGAAAGUACCUUAUGCGCCCCCUUUCCUAUGUGCAGGCUGGGGCGUUUCUGUCUUAGCUGUGUCCAGGUUUGGCCUCGAAAUGCGACUAUGGCGGCACAAGGGCGAUGAAUUGUGAUAGGCAGAUGGCCCUUCUCUUUCUUCUCCGGCACGGUUGCUGCAGACAACUUGUCCCAAAACACCUCGCUCGCCCACUUCGCAGCCGUGAACCCCUUCCUUCCAUCUGUCCUUGGCGGACGACGACGCGGGACGGUGUCUCCGUCUUUCAGGGCGUCACUGGGUGUCCUGCUAGGAGCAUGGUCCGUGUCAAGUUGACGCACGGCGUGGAAGGUAGUUUCGAGGAGACGGCCCAGGCCUUUCCGUUGGGUCUCGUGGGAAGCGGCGGCCGCCACCAAAGUCCGGAUCUUGCGUUCCUGUGUGGGACUGGAUGGCUUUUCGCAACGCUUGGUGUGCUUUCCUUAGGAUGGAAGGAGUUGGAGAGGCGGAUUGCGGUCCCGGAGAAGGUCUCUGAGGAGGUUCUCAACGAAGAAGGAGGAAGCCCAAAGAGCGAGGCGUGGGAGCCUACUGCCCGCAAAGCAUGAGGAGAGCCCUAGAACGGCGCAUGAGGGCCACUGACAGAUGCCCAACAUACCUAGUUACCUUAGGCACCGACCUUGGCGUCCGUGUAUGUGUCCAUCAAGACUUCUGACCAUGAUGAACCAGGCC